CUCGUCUGCCGUUGUUGAGUCAUAGUAGAACUGAGAGCUGGUUCUGACUGAGCUCAACCAGACAACCUCACCGUUUACUGUCUCCUCUCUUCCUCUGUUGUCUGCAGGGCGAUGGCGAGGCCGAGCCACAGCGAUCAUGUCCUCCAGCAGCUCAACAACCAGCGGGAGUGGGGCUUCCUGUGUGACUGCCUCAUCGCCAUCGGGGACAUCUACUUCAGGGCGCACAAGGCGGUGCUGGCGGCCUGCAGCUCCUACUUCAGGAUGAUGUUUAUCCGGGACCAGCAGGGGGCGGGUCGUCUGGACCUCAGCAACAUGCAGAUCAGUGCGGAGUGCUUCGACCUCAUCCUGCAGCUCAUGUACCUCGGACGCAUCGUCGUGGGCAGCUACGAGUUUGAAGAGCUCAAGGCCUCCAUGGCGUACCUGCAGAUGUACUACAUCCCUGACUCGCUGGAGGAUCUCAGGGACAUCAGGAGCUCCAAUCUCACCCCGUCCUCCUCAGCGUCCUCCUCCUCGUCCAGUUCCUCCACUGGCCCCGCCGCUGGGAAAAUGAUGUUUGGAGUCCGCAUGUACGAGCAGCAAAGGCCCGCUGCACCGGAAGCAGAGCGCUUACCGAAACCUGUCAGCAGCUCCGCGGGGCGUCCAGCUGUUCCUGCAACCGUCAGCAGACCGGUGGUGGUGGAGGAGGUGGUCAACACUCCUCUGAUAGUGGCACCGCCAGUGGUAGACGGAGGAGUCGAGCAGCCAUGUGAUUUAAGAAAGAGGUCCAGUGGCAGGAGUUCAACUCUCAAAGACCGUCCUCGGUUUGGCCGCACCUACACCUGCGACGACUGCGGCUUCGUCUUUAGCUGUGAGAAGCUUUUAAUAGAACACAUCCUGACAUGCACCAACCGGAAGGCCUUUCAUCAACCGAGAGGUAACGCCGAAGGGGACAAUGACUCCAGUAAGGCUGAGAGCUCUGCCUCUGAGAGCAUAGAGGAACACAGGGUCAUCUGUAAAGGUGAGGACGACUGGCCCGAGGCAAAGGCCGACUCUGACCUCACCAUCAGGUCGGUGGCGGCCGGGACAGACGGCGAGCCUGGGUCGACUAGGAGCAUCUCCAUCAAGACAGAACCAGAAGAAGGAAUAUUCCCUGAGAUAGAGGUGGUCCGGGUCGGUGAGCACGCCAACAGAGACUGUAGCACACGGUUCAGUGACACCACGCAUAAAGAUUUACGGAGGGAGAAAACUGGAUCAGACCGUGAACCAGAACCCGGUGUCUCAGGAAUGGAUAACAGCAGUGAGCCUUUCGAAGGCCACAUGUCCAGCAGUGAAGAUUCAGGAAUCCCUGUGAAGCUCCGUAAGGUCAAAGACGAGAAGCAGGACGCCGAUUGUGCCCCCUGUGAACUGUGUGGGGCUCUGUUAACCGAGGAGGACAAGUCGGCCCACUACCUGUCCAACCACAUGGGCCAUAUAUGUGCCUGUGGGAGGUGUGGCCAGGUGCUGAUCAAAGGCCGCCAGCUCCAGGAGCACGCAGAGCGCUGCGGCGAAUCCCAAGGUGGUGAGUCUGACUCCCAUGGGGAGGACGAGGCGUCCCUGCUGGAGGAGCCACAGGGGAUGGAGGAGGGCCUGCUGGAGGCGGCCGACCUGGCCUGCUCUCACUGCGGUCUGCUGUUCCAGAACGAGAGCCUGGCCCUGGAGCACGCCUUGUCCUGCCACGACCAGGAGCUGUUCCGCCCGGUGCUGCUGGAGGAGGGCACUGAACCGGAUCACCGGCGCAAACACUUCUGCAGCAUUUGCGGCAAAGGCUUCUAUCAGCGCUGCCACCUGCGGGAGCACUACACCGUCCACACCAAGGAGAAGCAGUUCACCUGCCAGACCUGCGGGAAGCAGUUCCUACGGGAGCGCCAGCUCAGGCUGCACACCGACAUGCACAAAGGCAUGGCGCGCUACGUGUGCCCGGUGUGUGACCAAGGAACCUUCCUCAAACACGACCACGUCCGACACAUGAUCUCCCACCUGUCGGCCGGGGAAACCAUCUGCCAGGUGUGUUUCCAGAUCUUCCCCAGUGGAGAACAGCUGGAGAAACACAUGGACGUCCACCUGUACAUCUGCGGCGUCUGUGGAGAGAAGUUCCGCCUCCGUAAAGACAUGAGGAGCCACUAUAACUCCAAACACACCAAGAGACUAUAGGAACCAAACCGUCCUCUGCAUUUAUACUAGUUUGUUACUAAAAAAAGCCAUAAAUGUGAGAACAAAUGUAUGCACUUGAACACCAAAAAGAAAACUUUUUAAUCUGCACUUUUAAAGUAUAUGCAUAACCUAAACGGGCGUUCACACUGCGAGCAGCGGGCCGAUUACCUGUCGCCCUGUUACGACCCCGAUGGCAACAGUCGGCAGAUUUUUACUCUGUCGACUUUGGUUAAAAGACAUUUUCACGGUUUACAAUCAGGAUUCUGUCGAUUGAAAAAGAAAAAAAAAAUCACAAAGUUUAGAAAUCUUAGCUAACUGUCCUCAGUGAUGGAUGGAUCACCAGCUAAAUAGCUAACUAAAUGUAUAUUACACUUUAGAAUAUUUAUAAAGAAGCUGGGAUA